UUUGAGUGUUGUGAAGCAGCGUCGCCUCCACGUGUUGCUACUCCCUGUCUCUACCCUCGCUACUGAUACUAGCACCGACUACAAUGGAGUUGGGAGGGAUUUUAACAUACGAAGGCAGUAAUUUCUUUCGUCAGAGGUUGAUUCUAGCAACAUUAAGUGGGAAGGCCGUCAGAAUCAGAAACAUUAGAGCUGCAUCUGAGGACCCUGGGCUUGCAGAGCAUGAAGUUAACUUUAUUCGUCUCCUUGAUUGUAUCAGCAAUGGCAGCAGCAUUGAAGUAAACGAAACAGGGACAGCAGUGCUAUACAAGCCUGGUGUAUUAGCUGGUGGCCGUUUGGAUCACAAUUGUUCAAACCAGCGCGGAAUAGGAUACUUCUUAGAGCCUCUCUUCAUGCUGGCACCAUUUUGCAAGACUCCAUUGAACAUCACACUCAAGGGCAUCACAAAUAAUAAGUUGGAUCCAUCUGUUGACAUGAUUCGUUCAUCCUUGAUGCCAGUAUUGAAAAAGUUCUUGGUGGUAGAUGAUGGGCUGAGUUUGAAGAUGCUUCGACGGGGUCUUCCGCCUGGUGGAGGGGGCGUGGUAGUCUUCACAUGUCCCGUUAGGAGGACAUUGAGACCAUUCCAGUGGGAAGAGAGUGGAAAGAUCAAGCGUAUCAGAGGCAUAUCCUACACUAGUCGUGUGGCUCCAACCGUUGCCAACCGCAUGCUUGAUGCAGCCAAGGGUGAAUUUCUCAAGUUCCUUACUGAUGUGUACCUGACAGUAGAAAAUUCAAAGGGCAGUUCUCCAGGGUUUGGCUUGUGUGCAGUAGCAGAAACAAACACGGGAUCAUUCAUAUGUGCUGAAGCCAUGUCUAAUGCCCCGGGAGAAGAGGCUGAAACCAAGCUCCCGGAGGAUGUUGGUCGGGAGGCAGCAUGGGGAUUGCUGGAGGAGAUCUACCGUGGUGGCUGUGUGGAUACUCUCUGCCAACCUUUUGUACUUCUUUGUAUGGCACUAACACCUAAGGAUGUGUCCAAAAUCGUCUUGGGACCUCUUGCUCCAUACACGAUGCAUUUCCUUCGCCACCUGCGAGACUUCUUUCAAGUGACAUUCAAAAUUGAUGAAUACAAAGAGAAGAACUUCAGUUUUUCUGAUGAAACUCCAGAAACAAGAACAGGAGCUGAUAAGUUAUUGCUGACAUGUAUUGGAGUUGGUUAUGCAAACAUCAGCAAGGGACAGACUUAAUGUAGAAAUGUCAACACUUGCUAUUAACAUCAAUUUGUAUCAUUGUACAUUAUCACUGAACACAUUCCUAAAAGGAAGAUAUUUCUAAAACUUUUGUCAAUCAUUCUGUAAAGAAACUUUAAUAUAACAUUUUAUUUAUAGGCACCAUUAUAUUAAAAUUUAAAUACAUUAUUAAAUGCUAAAUGAUCAUGA